AUGUUCAUUCGACCGUGGAAAACGCUACGCUUUGGUUAUAAUUAUUGUAAAUACUAUUCUUCCCAAAAACCAGAAGUAUUCUCUAACGACGCAAUCGUUUUAAGUGAUAGUUGUGUGCAAAAAUUGAAACAACUAUGUGAUAAUAAUUUAUUUUUAAGAUUGUGCGUAGAAAGUGGAGGCUGCUCAGGAUUUCAGUAUAAAUUUGAUUUGGAUGACAAAUUAGCUGAUGAUGAUAAGAUUUUUGAAAAAGAUGGUGUUAAGGUUGUAGUCGAUGAAACUUCCCUAGAAUAUAUAAAAGGGUCAACAAUUGAUUACCAAACAGAGUUAAUUCGAUCUGCUUUCCGGGUAGUGACGAAUCCAAAUGCAGAUCUUGGUUGUUCAUGUGGAGCUAGUUUUUCAAUAAAGAUUGAC